UUAGCAACUAGCCAGGAACCAGUUCAAGUGACAGCUUGAAUGAUAUAACACUAACUGGAACAUUAGAAAGGACUUUUACAGCCGAACCGCAUAACUUCAGUGGAACUUAGAUUGAGCCGUCCCACAUUUUGGAAUGGGGACGUUGUGGCAAAGCCACGUGUACAGGAACUAGAGUCUGAAAACUUACCUGACUGGAAGCAUAGACAUAAGAAAGCCCCUUUUUGCUUUUUCCUCCCUAGGAUGGCGAAGGCAUGACCCGCCCUACUCUCCCUCUGAUUGGCUAGUACUCGUUGCCUUCGUUGGUUGGGUUGGUUAUUAUUAGGCAUCAGGAGUGGGAUUGGUUAGGGUAGAAUGUCAGGGGUAAGCCAAUAAGAGGAAGACAAGUGCGGCACAUGCCUUCGCCAUCCUGGGGACAAAAAAUACUUGCUGAUAGGAAGGUCUGUUUGACUAGGAAGUCCAGCUGGCCAUCUCUCAAUAUCCAAAGAUUUUGAACUUCUCCGCAGUGUCGUUUUUAGUCAUCGUGCUUGACAGGCAACCAUGGCUGUUUGGAGAAAACUGUGGUGCAGAAACCUCCUGGCAGUGUCUCUGCUUUUCUACAUCCUGCUCCACACCAUCCAUGUGGAUGCACGGCCAGCCAACAUGUCGGCUGCUAAAGAAAAGGCUCCAGCCAGCAAGGAUGACAACGAGAUUCUUCCCCCAGACCACCUGAAUGGGGUGAAGAUGGAGAUGGAUGGCCACCUAAAUAAGGACUUCCACCAGGAGGUUUUCCUGGGAAAAGAGAUCGAGGAGUUUGAGGAGGACUCUGAACCAAGGAGGAACAGGAAGAAGCUGAUUGACAUUUUCACCAAGGUUGAUUUCAACAAGGACCGGAGUGUUAGCGCCAAGGAGAUGCAGCGCUGGAUUAUGGAGAAGACGGAGGAGCACUUCCAGGAGGCCAUGGAGGAGAACAAGAAUAGUUUCCAUGCCGUUGACCCCGACGGUGAUGGUCACGUGACAUGGGAUGAGUACAGAGUCAAAUUUCUGGCCAGCAAAGGUUUCGAUGAAAAGGAAAUUGCUGAGAAAAUAAAGAAUAAUCAAGAUCUGAAAUUGGAUGAGGAAACUCAGGAGGUUUUGGAAAGCCUGAAGGACCGCUGGUUUCAGGCUGACAACCCCCCAGCUGACCAGCUGCUGAAUGAGCAGGAGUUCCUGUCUUUCCUCCACCCGGAGCACAGCAGAGGCAUGCUCAAGUACAUGGUCAAGGAGAUCGUACGCGACUUGGACCAGGAUGGUGAUAAGAAACUGACCCUGUCCGAGUUCAUCUCUCUGCCCGUGGGCACCGUGGAGAACCAGCAGGCGCAGGACAUCGACGACGACUGGGUCCGGGAGAGGAAGAAGGAGUUCGAGGACGUCAUUGAUUCCGACCGCAACGGUAUCGUAACCAUGGAGGAACUGGAGGAGUACAUGGACCCGAUGAACGAGCACAACGCCUUGAAUGAGGCCAAGCAGAUGAUUGCCGUUGCAGAUGAAAACCAGAAUCACAAUUUGGAGCUGGACGAGAUUCUCAAGUACAGCGAAUACUUCACGGGCAGCAAACUGAUGGAUUACGCCCGAAAUGUCCACGAGGAGUUCUGAAGACCCUCGUCUCCUCUCUCAGUCCGCUCAGCAAAGCAGGGCGACAUCCUACAUCUGCUUCAGGGACAAGCCAGACAAGGACGGGCAAACUAACGAUAGGAUGUUCUAGUGUGCAAUUCAACGGCCUCUUUCACUGCUGACUCCAAUGAAUACAUCCUCCCUUCAGCCCUGGACUGUCUGCCAGCCAUCACACUUUACAUGGUAUGUCUUCUGUGUGCCAUUGGACUUUUAAAUGUUGGGCUGUUGAACUCCAAAAUUUAUUUGUGUGAUAUUGUGAAGUCAGUGUGUGCGUAUGAGGAAUUUGAACCCCGACUAGAAAUUUCCAUUCCUGGUGCAGUGGCGAGAGAGACUGCGCAACAAGGCGAUAUCACCAUUUGUUCUGCAGGAUCUGUCGUCCUAACUGGCGUCGUCUGCAUACAGUGUAAAUAUUAAUUGUUACGUACAAAUGCCUCUGUCAUAGAGAAAAGCGGAAAAAAUUUAAUAUAAUGCUGCUACAAGGGGAAAACCCCUUAUAGAGGUAUAUUAUAAAGAGCUAAUUACCAGAAUUUUCCCAAAUUCAAAAGGGAAUUGUCAUUAACAAUGUACAAUUCCACUAGUUUUCAUUAUAGAUGUCCGUUAUCCGUCCUACCACUUUUACAAACUGCUUCAAUAACGUACAGUGAUUCUUCUUAGCACAGACUUUCAUUAACAAUUUAUUGUCAGAGUAAUAUAUAAGAACAAUGUGCCUUUUUUCCCAGCAGACAUUUUGACUUGUUGAAAGUAAAGCACAGGUGUCACUGAUAACAUUUAACGAUAUAUUAUGUGUGUGUGUGUGUGUGUGUGUGUGUGUGUGUGUGUGUGUGUGUGUGUGUGU